CACUCACUCAUUUCCUCUCUUCCUCUCUUCUUCUUCUUCUUCUUCCACAUCUUUCAUUUUAAAAAUAUCACCCACAAUCUCCAUCACCUUUUCUCUUUCAAACCCAUAAUGAACCACUCUUCUUCCUCCUCCUCCACCACCACCACCACCGCUGUCGUCGCCGCCACCUCUUCUGUCAAUGGCUUCUACAACUUCCUCACCCGAGGCCUCGACGACCUUGACUCCUCCUUCUCCUCCUACCACUUCAUGUCAAUCCCUUUCCUCCAACGUGUCCUGUCCUCGCUCCGUUCCUUUCAUUUCCAGUUAACUAUUUUAGUCCAGAGGCUUCGCUUGCCAGUGGGAGAGAAAUGGCUCGAUGAGUACAUGGACGAGAGCUCGAGGCUCUGGGAAGCCUGUCAUGUCCUCAAAGCAGCCAUAUCAAAUAUGGAAAGUUUUUACUCUGCUGGUUCUAAUAUGGCUUCUUCCAUUGAUGAUCACCAUAUUUUAAGUCCACAGCUUUCCCGCCAGGUAAUUCGUUUGAUCAAUGGUUGCCAGAGGGAAGUAGUUGGAUUAGAAGAAGAGAACAGAACCUUAAUGGAGACAAGAAUUCAACCAUUGUCACUAAGGUUUGAUGAGAAUGUCUCAAUAGAAUCCAAGUUCAAUGCUUUCAAUGGCUUUAGAGGUGUCCUCUAUGCAAUGAGGAAUGUAAGCUCAUUGCUUUUGAUGAUCUUGUUCAAUGGCCUCGUCUAUUUUUGGCCUCAAACAAGCUUCUUCCAAGGAGGCUAUGAAGGACACAUGGUGUUUGGCUCAGCUUUCAUGGUCUCGACAGCAAGGUUGCACCGGAAAGUGGUGGCUGAAACAAACCAGGCUGGCGGGCAGGCGGGGAUUCUUAUUUAUGAGUUCAGAAGAGCGCGAGCCGCCAUGGAAGAGCUGAAAGAGGAGUUGGAGAGAGUUGUUGGGUAUGGAAUAGAAGUUGAUGUUUAUGACAAGGUUGAGGAGUUGAAGACUUGCUUUGGGGGAUUGAAGUGUGGUGUUGAGAGUAUAGUCAUGCAGCUUGAUGACUUCUUUGAUGAAAUAGUAGAAGGGAGGAAGAAACUUUUGGACAUGUGCACUCAAAGGUAGAAGAGACAGAUAGAGAGUUUUCAAACUUUGUGCAGCCAUAGGUGGAGAGAGAAAAGUGCAAUGUAAGAAGUCACUGUCCUGUGUAGAAUCGUUUAAAAAAGAGAAUCACAAAACAGAACAGAGACGAUGGGCGAGUCUUGCCUAUAUGUGGAGCCUACCCUUUAUCUAUGUUGUGUGAUUACUUUUGAAAAGAUUCUGUACAAGUAGAUUAUUUUCUCGUUGAUAGGUUGUAGUUAGGGCUUUAGUUUUACCCAUGUCUAUUUUGCUCUUUUAUGUGUUUGUUCUUGCUCUUGAGGGCAUUUCGUUUUGCAGCUCAAAAUUGGAUUUGAAGCCCUAAAGAGAGAUUUUCCAGGAAACCCAAGAAGGAAAUUUCUCAAGGAAAGAGGAUGUGAUUCGUUCCUCUCAAUAAAGCAUGAUUAAUAUCUUUACCGUAUAUCUGAAGAGAAGGAACCAGAAGAGUAUAUAAUAGACAAAGGUAGCUUCAAUAGAAAGCAAAAACUUUCCCACCCACCAUACAGGUUCUUCUUGUAUGCACAUGAAAAAGAAAGAAAUUGAUCCAUCUUGUUUGAUAUGUAAACAUGUAUGUGUGAGAUUGAUGAGAAUUCUUUUAUUUUAUUCUGUUGAAGAUGAUUUUAAUGAACUGCCUAUGAAGUUUCCAAUUUUCAAAAACGUGAAA